GAACAUCCAGAAGCAAUGAAUGCUUUUGAAGAAAACCUGGCUAAAACAAUGAAUGAUAUGGCACAGAAUGCACAGGAUAUAAAGGAUCCAGCAUCUUUYGGUGAUGAUUUUCUUAAAGCCAUGUCAUCGAUGGGUCUUGAAGGKGGAGAUGGAUUUGAUAUGAUGCCACUUAUGCAAGGAAUGAUGAAAAAUCUUCUUGCAAAGGAUAUUUUGUACCCCUCUCUUAAAGAAUUAAAUGAUAAGUACCCAUCAUGGUUAGAAGCAAACAAGUCAGGCCACUCAGAUGAAGAACAUGCUCGAUUUACAAAACAAUAUGAAAUGGUUGUCCAACUUUGUCAAGAAUACGAAAGUGAAMAGCCUGAUGACACUGAAGAAGUAAAAAAGAAAAGAUUUGAAAAAAUWAUGGAUUUAAUGCAGAAGAUGCAAGAAUGUGGACAACCUCCUGAAGAWCUUGUUGGGAAGAUGGUACCUGGGAUGUCAUUUGAACAAGAUGGGCUUCCAAACAUGCCUCCUAUGUCCGAGUUGCCAGCCGACUUACAAAAUGAAUGCAAAGUUUCCUAGUAACUGAUUCCUAGCUGGCACAAGGUGUACUUGUACAUCACCAGGGCUGGUUAUUUUCAUAAUUUUUGUACAUUCAAGUAGAUAUCCAUUUGGAAAAGUGUUGUUACAAAAAGAAUUAAUCAUAUAUCACAAUUAUUUACCAGUUACCUGGAAAGCAGUAGUUGAGCAACAAAAAUGUUCAACCUUUUCAAGUGCAAGUAUUCUUGUGGUAGCUACGAGUCAGUUGGUGGAURCAGAAACCUUCAGGUACUCAUAAGCAAUUUCCAAGACAGGUUCUGAUGGACGGUACCCUUCUUUUGGGUGCAUUGUUACUUGUGAUCUUUCUUUCCAAGGAAUUAAUUCCUGGUACAGUAUUGAUCAAGGAUUCGAAAAGGGGAAAACGCAAUGAUUCAUGGGGACAAUAAGAAGUGAAUUUACAACUCCAUAACUCAGUUCAAUGUCAAAAAUUAUAAAUAAAAUUCAUUAAAACUUUUUACUUUUUAGGUUUUUGUGAGUGAAGAAUAGAAAAUUAGUUGAAUAGGACAGUCUUUUUACUUGCAGGAAACAACUGAUGCUCUGUUUCCACCAAAUAUCAAGCAAGUUCUUAAGGUGCUUGCUGGGACUGAAUUGAACAAGACAAUAAAAUACAACCAGAACAAAA